GGUUUGCAAUGGCAAAAGGCAUGAUAGGAACUCUAACGCUCUUGGUCCUCUUUGCGCCAUUCGAGCACUUGGCCAAAGAAAGUCCAAACAGAAAGGUCGAAGUCCAAAGAAGUUUUCUUGAAGAUACUUUGCCUCAGAAUUUCUUUGACGGGGCUAAGAAACAAAGAUCUGAGGGAUCAAUAGAAGAUAAGGAGGCUCUGAAAACACCAAUAAGUGCAAAUCCCAGCAGAAACGGCAAGAAAAUGAGAAGCAAUCCGGCGGAUCACGGUGCAAAACAGCUACCACGAAAGGUCAGAAAAGAGGGACAAAAUGGCCCCCGAAGUGUCGGCAAGAAGAUCACAGAUAGACAAAAAGCUCCUCCAAACUUGUCUGAAAAGCACAUAGCUACCAAUCUACAGGCCUUUAAAACGUUUAUGAGGAUUAAACUUGAACUGGAAGGUGUUAAAGAAGAAGACAUCCCUCGUCACUUUAAACUACCACCUCUCUUGGAUCUGGAGGGAACUCAAGCUGAUGAUGGAAGACCUGUAUCCCUGGAUGGAUUCCAUGCUAAACCUAAUACAGCUUAUGUUUGGGCCACGGACGUGAUCGCCAACUGCUCUGAUACCUUCGACUACGCAUGCCUGGGAUUUGAAUCCUUAAACCACUUGUCAGAAAAGGCCUUUAUCAAAUCAGCGAAACUCUGGCUUCGCGGAGUCUCAAAAUCCAAGAUCAAGCUAAAAUUGUACAGUUUGAAGAAAACCAAAUCCACCAAAAACACGAAUACCAAAAUCUUGGGGAAAAAGCAUUUCCUGACACAUUUUAGCCUAAGCGAGAGUCGGAUGGGUUUGGAUGUGACGAAAGUCGUCAAAAAAUGGAUAGACAAGCCGAAAUACAACCAUGGACUAGGUUUGGUAGUCAAGAUCAAAGGUGACCAAGCCCUUGUGCAUAAUCACCCAGACUUAUUCAAGAGCAAGGACUAUACACCCUUCUUGGAGCUUACUUUAUUUCCAAUUCCAAAGACAGAUAGGAAUCCAGCCUGUACAUCAAAUGAAAGUAGAUGCUGCCGAAAUGUGGUGAAAAUUAAAGCUCAAGAUAUAUUUCCUCAGAUUAUCGCCCCUGACGAAUUUGAACUGACGUUUUGCUCUGGCUCAUGCGACGAUCCCAUGAUUUCCCCUGUCAACAAUUAUACCCGUAUGAUUCAAAGUUUCCGAUGGCGCACAGGCGACGAACUACUGCGCAAUGCCAUACACUUCUGUUGUGCGCCGAUUGCGUUCAGAGCGCAAUCCAUCCUACUAUACAAGGCUGGUAACAUUAUCAAAUAUGAUAUACCCGAUUUGAUACCCACUGCAUGUGGAUGCAUUUAAUUCAAAUUUCGUUUCAUUUUCUACUAUGGGUUACUUCACUUAUUCAAAAUUUGAUAACGUCCUUUAAAAUUCAAAUAACAACCGAAGUCAUUCAUGAAGUAUGAACGAAAUAUAUUUUUUCAAUCACAUUGUACCAUUUGUCAUUACUUUUGUAAUUGUUCGCAUUAAAUUUUGCUCUUUG